GGAAGGGGUUUUAGGAAAAACCCUUCCCCCUUUCCCCGAGAGAAGGAAGAAAGAGUGAGAGAGAGAGAGAGAGAGAGAGAGAGAGAGAGAUCUAUUUUCGUUUUCGUUUGUCAAUCAUGGCGAUUAAGAAUUUCCACUGCGAAUGAUGAGGUUUGUUAUGUUUAUUGCUGCAGUAACCCGUUCUUCCUCUCUCUUUCCGUUUCGUCUGCCCUUUGGCUUUUCCCUCUUUAAUGUCAAGAGUCCUCUUCGUAGUUCCCAUUAAAACGAGAUCUUUCUCUUCGUAUUCUGGUAAAAAUCAACAAAAGGCCCUUCACGCCAUCGUGAAGGAUGCCGUGAGAAUCCUUAUAACUAGAGAACAAUGGGAGACGCCCCUUCAAGAUCGGUUUUCGCAGGAGGAAGAGGACUUGGUCUUGGUCGCCAUCCCUCUUGUUAUCGAUAGAAUUCAUAGUCCUGAGUUGGGUUUGAGCUUUUUGGAAUGGGUUUCGAGGGGGAGGCCGGAUUCGAGAUCAUAUUCCGCGAUUCUGAGACUAUUGGCGCGGUCGAACCGGUUCCAGGAUGUAGAUGCUUUGAUUCCAAAGAUGAUGGAAAGGCGGGUACUUCCUGCGGCAGAUGUGUUGAACUUCUUGAUAGUUGCUUCUUCUAAUGCGCGUUUACCUGACAAGGCUCUAGAGUUCUUUGCUCUAUCGAAGAAGCUGGGUUACUUCCCUAGGGUUGUCUCGUGUAAUUCAUUGCUCAAUGCCCUUGUUAAUGGUGGGAAGAUAGGAGCUGCCCAUGAUUUGUAUUUGGAAUUGCUGAAAAGGGGAGACGGCUCAGCCGACAACUACAGCACGUGUAUAAUUGUCAAAGGUUUGUGCAAGAUGGGGAAGGUCGAAGAAGGUAGAAAGAUUAUUAGGGACAGGUGGGGAGGGCUUUGUGUUCCAAAUGUUGUCUUUUAUAAUAUUCUCAUCGAUGGUUACUGCAGAAAAGGGGAGAUUCGACAUGCUAUUGAGCUCCUAGAGGAGAUGAAGAUGAAGGGGUUUUUGCCAACAGUUGUAAGUUAUGGUCCUAUCAUCAAUGGGUUGUGCUUGAAGGGCAAUUUUAAGGCAGUGGAGAAGCAUUUGGCUGAUAUGAGAAACAGGGGUGUGACGAUUAAUGCAUUCAUAUACAAUAAUCUUAUUAAUGGUUUGUGCAAACAUGGCAAUAUGAACGAAGCGAUGAAGGUUUUCAGGAGUAUGGAAGAAAAUGACGUGAUUCCUGAUAUUGUAACUUACAAUGCUCUCGUAUCUGGUUUCUGCAAGGAGGGAAAGGUUAAAGAAGCAGUCGAUCUCAUGAAAAUGUUGUUUGAUCAGAACUUGGUUCCUAAUAAGUUUACAUAUACUUCUCUAAUUCAUGUGCAUUGUAAAGUCGGGGAAGUUUCUCUAGCAUUAGAUUUAUUUAUUGAAAUGCUUAAGAAAGGACAUCAUCCUGAUAUAAUGACCUAUGGUGCUCUUGUCCAUGGCCUUGUCAUUGCUGGUGAAGUUCGUGAUGCAUUAGCAGUCCGUGAUAAGAUGAUUGAGCGGGGAAUGGUGCCUGAUGCAAAUAUUUACAACAGUCUUAUAAGUGGUGUUUGCAAGAAAGGAAUGCUUGCAACUGCAAAGAAGUUGCUCUCCGAAAUGCUCGAUCAAAAAAUUCUUCCUGAUAGUUAUGUAUAUGUUACAUUGGUUGAUGGAUACAUCAGAAAUAAUGAUCUUAAUGGAGCAGUCUGCCUCUUUAAGUUUAUGAUAGGGAAGGGAAUAAAACCUGGGCUUAUUGGCUACAACGCCAUGGUAAAAGGCUACUGUAAAUUUGGCAUGAUGAAGGAUGCAGUCCUAUGCGUUGAUGAAAUGGUAAAACAAAAAAUAUCUCCUGAUGAGUUUACCUUUACAACUCUUAUAGAUGGCUAUGCCAAAAAGAAUGAUAUGGUUGAAGCCCAGAAGAUUUUUGAUAAUAUGUUCAAUCGGAAGUUGACACCGAAUGUCGUAACCUAUACAACACUUAUUCAUGGUUUCUGUCAGAUACAAGGACUAGACAGGGCUGAAUGCUUGCUCAAAGAGAUGAAAUCUCAUGGUUUAGUACCUAACGUCAUUACCUACAGCACACUUAUUCAAGGUUGCUGCAGACAUGGUGAGCUUGAGAAAGCUUCUCUGUUUUUUGAAGAGAUGCUGCAGGAAAACUGCAUUCCUAAUGAUACAACAUACCACUACUUGAUCAACGGUCUCACAAACGCCAGCUUGAAUGCUGAAACUAUUAUACAAAAUGGCAAAAAAGAGCAUGAGGAAAGCGUGCUUGUGCAUUUUCACAAAAGGUUGAUAGCUGACAGUUGGGAACCCAAAUCUGCUGCUUACAAUGCCGUUAUCAUCUGUCUUUGCAACCAGAAAAAACUUGAAUUGGCUUGUCAAUUCAUGGACAAGAUGGCUGGUAAAGGGUGGUCGCCAGAUUCUGUUACCUAUUCUUUUCUUUUGCAUGGUCUGUGGAUGAGAGGAAGAUUGACUGAGUGGAAGGACAUUUCACCAUGUAAUUUUGAUAGUCACCAAAUAAAUUUUGCUCUAAAGUAUUCAAUGCUGGUUGAUCAGUACUUGUUUAGAGGAGUAACUUCUGAAGUUUCUUAUCUUCUGCAAUCUCUGUCUGAGGAAUGCUUACGUAAGUCAACAGCCAAAUGAGAAGAAAUUGCUUCAGGCCUGUUUUUGGUUAGCAUCCAGGAGCUCUGGCCAUCUGGCAACUAUGCCAAGGUGCACUUCAACCUUUUUGGCUGCUGGGUUGGAGUAGUACCCCUCAUCGCCUCCGUUGGAGAAAUAGCUGAGAGAUCCAUGUAGCAGACUCUUCCGUCUAAUUCAGCACAAAUUUUGUAUAUUCCUGCUGCCGGACAGGCUUUCAGCAACGUAACUGUGAAGGCGAAGAAAUGAGAGGUAAACCCAAAAGGAGUCAAAACUUGAGGAAGGCAUGAAUUUAUGCCAUCAUCAGAUAUUCAUUUUCAGCUUCAUUGACCUGUUGCUUGUCAGAGCUAAUUGUAUUGCCGUGGCCCCUAUGUUGAAUGGCACUGUUAGCGGAAGAUGAUGACUGGGAAACUUCACAUCUACGCCCUGUUUGGUUUGGUUGGAGGGAAAGGGAGGGAUUGAACAAUCCCUGUUUGGUUGACUAAUUAGAAAUGAGGGAAAGGGAGUAGUCUUUCAAACGUCACACGCUUAUAAUGUCGAGGACAUAGAGGUACUUUAUCCCGAGACCAAGAAGCGAUGGAGACAACGCAUCCUGUCAUAUAGCUUUUCGUGCUGCAACUAACGACAGUAAGGUAAUUGCUGAUAGUUUCUUUGAUGGUGCAGUCAACAGUAUCAAAAAGAUCUGAUUUUGUAGCUGAAGUUGAUUCGCUGGCAAAUUUCUGCAAUACUGUUGUUGUUGGUUAGUACGUAACCAUUCAACUGCUCGAUUGUAGAUGAGGAUGUGCCAAAUCUUCUGCAUUUCCUCCAGAAACUCCACAUUUAUUAUGUGAUAAAGGAUUAAGCAUAUUUUUUUUUA